AGUUAACACGCAGGCCUGUCACAAGACGAGCUCCACAUUUUCUCAAAAACACGUUGCAAUCAGCUGUGCAUACAAAUUGUUCUUCCUUCUCACAGCCUCUCUCACACUUGUGUUCUUCAUUACAGGACUGUUUCGGUUUCCACACACAUUCGGUUUCUCUUGUCGUUAUGACUCACCUCUUUAUGACGCUGAGUCUUAUCAGUCUCAUUAUGCCUCUUACACGUUGGUGUUUACUGUCCCUGAGGUCACAGCUGACGGAGCUAGCUGUCGCUACUGGAGCAACAGAUGCAGGGGCACCUGGCACCGGGUUGCAUCUGCUUCAGAGAAGCCCAUUGAAAUCUGCUGGCAGGGUUUCAAAGUGUAAUAAGUAAUAGGGUUUUAUGUGAGGAUCUCUGUGUACACUGAUCUCACCAAGACAAAUGGUCUGCCUGAGCUAACAACAGCAAGAGCUUCAGUUCUUUUAAUGCACUCGUUAAGUUGUUUUCAAUAAGGUCCUCUUGAACCAUGAGUGUGGUAUAGCGUAUUUACUUAGAUAUUUUAUAUAUUUUUUUAACUAUAUUUAUGCAAAAUAUAACACUUAUAGGCAAACACUGUUUCAGUUGGUAUUUUCUUAUGAUUUGUUUGGCAUGCAUCAAAUAUACCCAAAACUGUGUAAAUAAAGUGUGUAAAUAUUUCAUACCCACCUUUUUUAUAAUAAUUUUCAUCAAAGUUGGAGGAAAAUGAAACGUAAUGAAAAAUAAAUAGCUACUGCCCUGAUACUCAUCACAAUUCCAGCAUCCAUUCCCUUCUGUAUGCUUGGAAUCCUACCAAUAUGCUCUUCUAGGUUCUCUUAUUUGCUACUUAAACAUUGAUUUUGUUACUUAACGUGUAGCGAGUUGUAUUUGUGUUCUUUGAUGUCUGGCACUUUCAGACAGAAAUUAUAGACAAGAGCCCCUCUAUAGAUCCUGUCUAUGCCUUAAUGUGGUGCUUUCUGGAUAUGUUGUCAUUUUUUAAGCCAUGCAUUUAACAUCUCCUCAGAGAAACUCCAUACAACCACAAUAUGGUGGUGACCCCCAUUUCCAGUUCAUGGAUUUAAACCAGCAGCUUAUAAACCACUUCUCAACCUUUAAUCCGUCACAAGCUCCAUUGUGGGUGAAACGUAUAUUUUUGGUUACCUUGUUCCAGAUUACACAUGAGGAAUUAUUUUCUUGGUUGAUUAAUCUAAUAGUGUUAUUUACCACGCUCCACCCAAACCCAGCCCCCAUCACAAACAUCUAUUGAUUAUUGGUUAGGAGGGCAAUCUUGACCAGACCUUGGUGUGACUAGAGCCAUGAGGCUAAGUGUUUUCAUUAGGGCAUUAGACAUCAGCCUUGAUUCUUAUUAAAUUGGAGGCCAUCAGUGGGCUGUUGUGAGGGCACCCAGUAGAGGCUCCAUUGGUGUUUAGCCUCUCCGUGACCUGGUCAUUUUGGUCAAUUUCUAGCACAUUUACUCUCUCCCCGUUGUCCUGUCUGAACCUGAUUAGCCAGCUCAUUAGCAUUGUUAGCCAAGCCUGGGUGAUGAAACCUUUCACUCGAGCUUCUUUCAUUCAUGCACUGAACUCCGCGGAUCCUCCGGACUUUCUCUAGGGGAGGUGCAAGUGUGUGGCUCUACAGUUUCUGCUGACUAGCAUAAAGUGAGUAGAAAUUCAGGAGAAUUCGAUGUGUGAACACAGCAGAGAAUCCCACUCUGGAUCCACGGCAAGCAUGGGGGGUUGAUGACUCUUCUGACGCAUGACAGACGCAAAAAUUAUAAAAACAAAAUUGAAAACAAAUUUCCCCCGGUGAACACGUAGAAGACACCGAAGACAUUACGACAGCAUAUGUUGAACUUAAAUUUUAGCCCGUCGAUGUUUUGCAGUUCAGUGGUUCCGUGUUGUAGGUUGUCACGCCCAUCAGCUGAUUCUAUAUUAAACAUAGCAAACAUGUCCAGUUCCUUUUGCUUUCUUUUCAUUUCCUGAAAACUUCCUCCAAAUGCCCAAAGGAGCUUUUUGCAACUCACCUGCAUAUUCAGAUGUACUACUAAGCUUAUGUUUUGGCAGACUGGGAUAAUGCAGUGUUUCAGCCCUUACCAUUUCCACUUGCCACACCGUGCAUGGCCCCCACCCCUGGUUUAAGAAGGGCUUGAACUUUUAACCGAUGAUCUUCGACCUCCCUUUCAAUACCAACAGAUGGUUUAACUCCAAGUGUAUUUGCCAAAUCAGAGUCUCACAUUAUCCAAUAUCAGGAUUUAUGUCUAUUUCUCUUGCUUCGUCGAUCUUUGUGACUUUGCAUAUUUGUGUUUGUUAUUUCUAUUAUUUUAUAACAGGCCCUUACUUUUCACUUACAAGUAGCUUCACUUGAUUGUGUAAUGCAAGUAUUCAGGGGUAACAUGAAACCCAAUUAAAGCAACAGUAACCGGCUUGGCAGAGUGGUUUGUGUUUGUUUGUUACACCAUGUGUCAUUCAACACUAUUGUGCCAAGCACAAUAGCUCUUAAAGGAUAGAGCGUUGCCUGAGAGAAACAGUCUAUUCCUGAUUAGAUCUUCAGCCGGGUUUUCUUUGCAUGUGUACUUUUUGUAUGCCUUGCCAGUAUGACUUGGAUCACUCCACUACUGUCACCAGUGGGUCUUUACCCCUGAUGUUACAGAAAGCUUUGGUCUGACUCAGCUGCUCUAAAAUAGGAGGGAUGGUUUGGUGCAGUCAUUUCCCACAUUUGCUCACAUGGUGCAUUAAACUCAUAUUGAAACAUAUAUUUAUUUAGUUAUUUUAGUUUAGACACAGGCUACCAUACCAAGGCUCUGGGAUUGCAGGUUUUUUUUCUGUUUGUUAUGCAAGAUUACGCAAAAACUACUCUAAUACUAAUUUUCCGGAGGGCUGGGUAUGACCCAAGGAAAGAACAUUUAAAUCUUGGUGCAGAUCCAGAUCAGGGGAUGGAUCCAUAUCUUAACCGUUGCAAGAUUUGGGCGUUUUUCAACAUUUUCUCAGAAUAAUUCAUGGAUCUUAAUUAAAAAAAAAUUCAGUGAGUGUGAUCUAGUGAAUACUAGUUAAAGUAUUGUUACUGGAUCUAAAGAUACUCUCUUUAGUAUUUUUCUGUAUUUUCUCUCUCUGAUUAAUUUCUUCCUAUUGUAGCUUCUAAUUGAUUGUCUGAGAGGAAUCCACUGUGAUCAUGGCUUUUCUGAGUGAUUGACUUGAGUAAACAAAGAACAGACUCAUCUCACUGUCAUUCACGUUAUAUUUUGGUCCAGUCUGAGUAAACAAAGAACAGACUCAUCUCACUGUCAUUCAAGUUAUAUUUUGGUCCAGUCUGCGCGUUAACAAAAAAAAAGAUUUCUGUUAAACUAGUUCACUGGAGUGUUUUCACACUCCGCCUUAUUCUGUCACUCAGUCCACAGAUUAAGGCCUGGACUGUGACUGAGCAUGUGACAGUAUUAAAACCCAGAGGAAAUUCCUCCAGAGGAUGAGAACUAAGGGAAGGAAAUGGAAAAAGGAAUAGAGGAAGGUGGAGUUGAGAAAUUCAGAGUUAUGAAAUUACAUAAAACAGAUGAGAUUGACUGUAGCAUUUGUGACUAUCCGUGACUAUUUAUGGCUGGACUAUAUUUGAUGCUAGGCUGUGUGCUGAAGCAGAGGACUUUGUGUUUAAACUGUACAUGCUGUUGCCUUCUGUUUUCAGCGGUGACUCAUCACCGAUUUGGGCUGUUUCCCUGUCGUGUGCUGCAGUUCAGGAUACAGAAUAUCACCUUUCUUCAUGGCUUCCAGCUAUGGACUUGUGCAGGGUUCAAAAUGGGAAUCGGUUUUCUCUUGUUAUGUCAGCACAUGACAUCACGUGAAUGCAUUCCUCAGCUGGCUCACUUGGCAGCUGUGGUUUGAAACCCAUGGGUCAGUAAACAUUACUCAGUGGGAAUGGCUCUACGAGUUUGAAGUAUGACGGAGAAGUGGAUGAUGCUUAAAGGUUUCAUAGCAUUACUGCCCUGCAGCCAUGGCCUGAGGGACUCUCUGGACUACAACCAAGACGCUGAUAUGCAUUGAGGAUGAGUGGAGUUGGUGAAAACCCAUCUGACCCUGCCAGGGCAGAGUCAAGAAAACGCAAAGAAUGUCCUGCUGAACUUUUAGGACCCAGUCCCAAGCGAAGCAACGAGAAGCGCAACCGCGAGCACGAGAACAAAUACAUCGAAGAGCUCGCCGAGCUGAUCUUUGCCAACUUCAACGACAUCGACAACUUCAAUGUCAAGCCUGACAAAUGUGCAAUCCUGAAGGAAACUGUGAAACAAAUCAGACAAAUAAAGGAGCAAGAAAAAGCUGCUGCAGCAAAUGAGGAGGAGGUGCAGAAGGCCGAUGUGUCAUCAACAGGCCAAAGUUUGAUUGACAAAGAAGCCUUGGGACCAAUGAUGCUGGAGGCCCUGGACGGCUUCUUCUUCGUGGUGAACAUGGAGGGCAACAUCGUGUUCGUGUCGGAGAACGUGACCCAGUACCUGCGCUACAACCAGGAGGAGCUGAUGAAUACCAGCGUCUACAGCGUGCUGCACGUCGGUGAUCAUGCCGAGUUCAUCAAGAACCUGCUGCCCAAAUCCCUCGUGAAUGGCGUCCCGUGGUCCAGCGACGGUCCGAGGAGGAACAGUCACACGUUCAACUGCCGAAUGCUGGUCAACCCCCUCAGCGAGAGCCAGGACGAGGCGCACGAGCCUCAACAGCAGAAAUACGAGACCAUGCAGUGUUUUGCCGUUUCGGAGCCCAAGUCCAUCAAGGAGGAAGGAGAUGACUUCCAGUCGUGCCUGAUCUGUGUGGCUCGCAGGGUGCCCAUGAAGGAAAGACCUGUGCAUCCCACGCCUGAGAGCUUCACCACGCGCCAGGACCUGCAAGGUAAGAUUACGUCCCUGGACACCAGUCUGCUGCGGGCGUCCAUGAAACCAGGCUGGGAAGAUCUGGUGAGGCGCUGCAUCCAGAGGUUCCACCUACAGAAUGAUGGAGAGAUGUCUUUUGCCAAGAGACAUCAGCAGGAAGUGCUCCGACAUGGCCAAGCGUUCAGCCCCAUCUACCGGUUUUCCCUCUCGGACGGAACCAUCGUGUCAGCCCACACCAAGAGCAAACUUGUGCGCUCGGCCGCCACCAACGAACCCCAGCUUUACAUGUCCCUGCACAUUUUACAGAGGGAGCAGACAGUAUGUGGAAUGGGCCAGGAUAUGGGUCCUGGCAGUCAGGCCACAGGGAUGGCUCCAAAACCGAUGAACUCCUCUACUCCCUCCAUGACUCCUCCAACCCCAGGCAGUUUGCCAGGUUCGGGGCCUCAGGGCCAAGACAUUACCUUUAGCAGCAACAGCACGCCUUUUUCACCCCCAGGGCCCGCUGGACCCAGAGAACCAGCAGCCAUGGGCCAUAUGCAGGGCUACCGUUUUGGCUGCCCCCCACCACACAACCACACUGGUGGCAUGCAGCCACCACAGCAGAGCCCAAACUGGAGAAUGAACAGCCCCUCUCGCGCUAGCCCAAGCCCAGCCGGAGGGCCACAUCCGCCUCAACAGAACUCAAUGCUGUCACCCAGGCACCGAGGUAGUCCCGGGGGGGCGGGCAGCCCUCGUGUAGCAGGAGGCCUGCACUCACCAUCCCCAGUCGGGAUGUGUGGCGGAGGACCUGGAUCAGCAGCCGGUAGUAGCACCACUAGUGCCCAUGCUAACAGCUACACUAGCAGUUCUCUUUCAGCUCUGCAGGCCCUAAGUGAGUGUCAUGGUGUAGGACACGGGCACGGGCCCCCUCACACACACACACUGGGGUCUCCAGACCGGAAGAUGGGCUCCCCAGCAGGGGUCACACAGGGAUCCGGGGUAAACUCUCAUUUGAUGUCAAAAAUGGGAGGAGGCUGUGGAGCUGCAGGUGGCACAGGAGACUCAUUUGUUCCUCACACAGAAGUGGGUCAGGGCCACACACAGGGUCAGACAGAGGGCAACCUAGGUGAGGCCAAGGAGGAGAGGGAAGGGGCGCCUGAGUGCCAUGACGCUCACAACCGUCUUCAUGACAACAAGGGCCACACCAAACUACUACAACUUCUCACCACCAAGCCAGAGCCUCUAGAGACACCCCUGUCCCCUGGCGCAGGAGGUGAGGGCAAAGACCAGGCUGGGACCGGGGUCAGAGGUGGCCCCACGGGAGGAAACACUCAUGCCACAUCCCUCAAAGAAAAACACAAAAUCCUCCACCAGCUGCUGCAGAACAGUACGUCUCCUGUAGACCUGGCCAAACUCACUGCAGAGGCCACAGGCAAAGAGCUGGGCCAAGACCAAACCCAGGGUGCUGGUAGUACAGCUACUGGGGCAGACAUUGCUCCAAAGCAGGAGCCACUGAGCCCUAAGAAGAAGGACAAUGCCUUGCUACGCUACCUACUGGACAAGGAUGAUAAUGCACUGAAGGACAAGCUCCCUAAACUGGAGCCUGGGGAGGUGAAGGUUGAAGGUGGCAAAAACACCCAUGUUAAGCAGGAGAAACAAGACUCAGGAUACGACCGGGCUGAGCAGUCGUCGGAGCUGGAUGACAUCCUGAACGACCUGCAGAAUGCACAGCCACAGCUCUUCUGUGAGCCGCGGCCCGUUUCGUUGCCCAGUCCCAUGGACAAGCAGAACAUCAUCAAUGACAUCCUGCAAAUGUCCGAGAACAACCCCGCCAUGGUGGCACAGCAGCAGCAGCACCGGGGCAUCGGCCCUGGCAUGGCACCAACUAACUUCGGGGGUGUCCGACCAGGCCAGCCAACCAGGGGUCUGCCUGUGAGGAGUGUUUCUCUGGAAAUGUCCCCCCAGCAGCCCUCGUUACAGUAUCCCAUAAGGGCCACAAGCCCAUACACCCUUAUGCAGCAGCAACAGCAGCAAAGCAUGGUGGGAAAUCACAGCAUGAUGGCUAACCAGGCCGGUAUGGUGAACACAGGACUCCUGGCUCCCGGUGGUCCACGGCCGGGCAUGCAGCAGCAGCAGGAGGGCUGGGUGGCUUCAGCCUCUGCCCCUCCUCUGGGGGCCUCUGGGCCUGGGCAGCCAGGAGCCAUGCAGGGCCGUAUGGGGCCAAACGGAGCACCCAUGAGGCCCAACAGCCAACCAGGGCCCCGGCAGAUGCUCCAGUCCGCGAUGAUUGCCAACGCCCAACCUGAAAUGGAAAUUGGUAUGGUCAGCCACCAUUUCACCCAGCAACAAGCUCCACCCAAUCAGACCGCCCCAUGGCCAGACAGCAUGAUGCCCAUCGACCAGACAGCGUUUGUAAACCAGAACAGCAGGCCGGUGCACUCGGCGCCCCAGGAUGACUUGCUGUGCAGUACGGGGCUCAGCUCUGGGGAGGGCAGUGGAGUCGACGAGGGGGCUCUGAUGUCCCAACUCUACACAGCACUUAAAGAUUUUGAUGGCUUGGAGGAACUCGACCGUGCCCUGGGGAUCCCUACUCUGGUAGAACAGAACCAAUCCCUGGAGCCGGAGCCCCCCAUGUACACCCAGCAAUUUGGUCCCCCACCAUCCCACAUGCCUCAACGGGGCUACCCUGGUGCUCCCUUGCAAGAACCAGGCUUCCACCCCAUGUCUGGUCAGAUGGGUCCAAGGCCGAGUUAUCCCAUGAUGAGGAUGCAGACGCGCCCAGGACUAAGGCCCACGGGGGUCCCUAGCCAACCCAACACAUUAAGGCUGCAGCUUCAGCACCGGCUACAGUCACAGCAGAACCGUCAGCCCAUAAUGACUCAGAUGAGUAGUGUGUCAAAUGUGAACUUACCUCUCAGAGUCAGUGCUCCAAACCAGGGGAGCAUCAAUGCUCAGAUGCUGGCGCAGCGUCAGCGGGAGUUGCUGAGUAAUCACCUGCGACAGAGGCAGCAGCAGCAGGUCCAACAGGCUCAGCAGGUCCAGCAGCAAAGGAGCAUGGCCAUGAGGGGGCCGGGCCUCAACUUGCCUCCCAACAUGGCUGCCGGAGGAAUGAGUAAUCCCCGGAUUCCCCAGGCCAACCCCCAGCAGUUCCCCUACCCGCCCAGCUACGGUACCAGUACAGGCCUGGCCUCGCCACCUCCUUCUACCAGUCCCUUUUCCUCCCCUAUCUCUCCCAGCCUGCCCUCUCUCCCCCCCAACCCCCAGCUCCACAUGCAUGGCACCUCCUCCUCUUCCUCCACCUCCUCCUCCUCCCAGAUGAUGAUGGGAAACACAAGCAUGAUGGGCGGACAGUACGGGGCCGUACUCAGCCCCCAAAUGCAGCACAGUGCCUUUCAGUUUCCCAACUCAGGUAUGAGCCAACAAGCAGACGGAGGCUUCGGAGGCCCCGGCACACCACAGAGCCCGCUGCUUUCUCCUCGCAUGGCCCACACGCAGUCCCCCAUGAUGCAGCAGGGACAAGGAAAUGCUGCUUUCCAGGGGUCUCCUGACAUGAACGGCUGGCCACAGGGUAACAUGGGAGGCAACAGUAUGUUCUCACAGCAGCAGGCAUCUCCACAGUUCACCCAGCAGAGUAACAGCAACAUGUACAACGGCAACGGUUUGAACCUCAACAAUGUCUCCAUGGCCAACAACAUGGCACCGAGCAGCAUGGGCCAGAUGGCCGGACAGAUGAGCGUCACGUCCAUGGCCUCAGGUCCCUCACCCAGUUUGCCCUCCAUGGGGCAAGAACAGAAGUACUGUUGACCCUCAUGGAGUUCUCAACCUGAACCUCAGUGAUCAGCUGGUGCAAGGAGAGCGUCGGCCCCUUUUGAAAAAUUGUACAAACAUGUAAAACCAACCGACCGUCCCUUGAACCAGCCAGGCCGUUCCCCCGACCCCGUCUCCCCCAGCCAAAAUUUUUGCCGUGUGUCCCGGCUGGGCCGCCUCAGCAGCCUCACAGAGGAGCCCGGCCCAGAACAGACGCAGGAGCGCGGAGAGGGCUUGUGGUGAAGGAUCGUGGAUCCUGGUCCCAACACGCCUCACCCUCCUGGAGGAGCCAGUCUGUCUGCCUGUCCGGCUGCAUUCACCGUAGUGUGACUUACUGUAGGCCUCCUGGUGGGGGACACUGACUUUAGGGGGCAGCAGUGGGUGAGAUCCCUCGUUCUGAUGAAUGUAUUCCUCUCAGUGGACAACGGCCAUUUACAAUCUCAUCUCAAAAACGACAUACACUGAUUUUUUUCUUUUCUUUUCUUUUCUUCUCUCACACAUUUGUGACAUUUCCACAUAGUUCCAAAAUGGCAGCAAAGACUCCAAGUUAUGUUCAGAAUUAUGGAUGGAGCUCGAACACUUAGCCGGUUUUGCCUUUUUGCUGUUCUUUAUUUUAUUACUAUGAUUUUAGUUUGUUUUUGUUUUUUUCCUGUGAGAAAUAAGAUGUAGAUUGAAGAUAUGGUUGAAAAAACUGAUCUUGAAAAACACUGCAGAAUAAUGGUUUGAGUGGAAUUGUGAUUUGUAUGAUUAGACUAAUUUAGUCAAGAGGUUUCUAUAGUGUAUUAAAUUAAGUUUUAUUUUUCUGUAUAGAUUCAUUUUAAUUAUUGUAGAUGAUUCUUUAUCCUAGUAGCAAUGAGAAAAGAUAUUUCUAAAAGUGUGAACAAAGCACUUUUUUAUAUAAUUUUAACAGUAAUGGUUGUAUUCUUUCUGAGCAGAUUCUUCUUUUAACCUGAGUCAUGGAUUAUGCUUUGGUCCUGUAGUUUCAGAAGAAGAUGUCAAAGUCAAUUAUGGUUUAAAAAUGAAUUACAGAGAUUGUACAUACCAAUAAGUAAGACAUUUUCUUUCCUAUUUAUUUUAUUCCUUAUGGAUUUGUGUUCCUCCUGUCUGGUCACAACUGCCUCUUGAAGCAGAGCAAGAUUUUGUUUUAUUUUUAUUCCUGAAUUUUUGUUUUUUGUGUCCUCUGUUGUUUUUUGGAAGUGGAGUGGGAGCCUUCACGUUCUGAAGUGCUGGUACGAUGCAGACAGGGGAGAGGGUGGGAAGUAGGGACGGCUUGUACGGGGGUGUGCUCUGUAUACAGUGUACAGAUUAUCGCUUGCUUCUCUGCCUUUAGCAUAGAACACAAAAAGGAAGUAAAAAAAAAAAAAAUUACAGGACAAAUUCAACACAGCCAUACGAUAACUCAAAAAAAUAAAAUAACAGAAGUGUGCUUUCUAUGUUGUCUGGAGUGAAACUGCUUCAUACAAGCUGCUAGGUGCAAACUGUUCUGGUGUGAUGUAAACAAGCAAUAACGAUUACUUGAGAAUCUCUUGGUUAUUUUAUUUUUUUGGUGUGUUUUUGUUUUUGUAAUUUUUGUACAGUUUCCUGAAGAAGAAGAAGAAGAAGAAAAAACGGACACACUUUUGCUCCAUGUUUGGAUGCAGUAUUAAACAACGUUUUUUUUAUUGCAGUUUGUACCAAGAAAGUCUACAUCCACACACAGCGUUCCUAUUAGAUUAUGCAGCACUGGCUCGGGGGGGCCCAGAGAGAGAAAGAGAGAGGCAUGUCCGUGAUCCACCGCCCCCAUGAUGACAAAUGCUCUCUCCGCCUCCAGCCAUUCGUCUAUAGCAGAGGUCAGAGUUAAGACUGCACGGUUCACGAGACCUGCUCUGACAGACACUUAGCCAUAUUUUAUGACCUCAGGCGGUUAGUCUAACUGUAAAGUGUUCAGUAAUGACAUGCUAUUUUUGUGGCCCCAGUAGGGGUUCGGUUUGACCUUCACUAGAUCUGAAGCGAGUCAUCUUCUCUAACCUCAAAACGUACAUUUUUCCUCAAAGAGACAAACCUUUUUUAUAUCGACUAUAUUAAACCCAGGACAGACAUGGAGCAAAGCCAAAAAAAUCCUCAGCCACCUCUCAAUUGGAUUUUCAGAAUUCUACCAGCUUUUAUUUCCACAGCGAGAGACGACCUGUUGGCUCGCGCUCUGACCGAGGCCCUAACGACAAACACACACGAUGAUGUCACUUAACAGGGUCUAAUGUAAAUGUUAUUGCCGCAUUAAAACACGACGACGAAUCAUUCUGAAUGUAUUGUCAUUAACGGCCUAUGGAUGUGACUGACGGUGUUCCUUGUCAACAUGUUGACAACGCAGGUGUUGAGCAGUCACACCAUGAAUCUCUCAGCAUUUACACAGGAAGUCGCCCAUCGUUGCUCAUUCUUUCUGAAAGCGUUCUUUAUGAAAUUUGAAGCUGUAGCAAGUCAACUUUGGGACGGAGGACGUCUGCUGUCGUGUCCUGUCCGUCCUCGCCACUGAUGUCACGCAGGUGUUUUUUCGCCGCAGGCCCACAGGAGAUCACGCUUCUUUGACAAAAGCUGUUUUGAUUGUAAAAUACAGUCGUGCAGAACAAGCCUUUUUCAGCCAUUUUAAAAGAAUGAUUCAGAGCCCUUUGCAAAUUUCCAAAGAUUGUCGAGAUUUUGAAAACUUAAAGCCAUGUGGUAGCAAUGCAUUUUUUAGCAUUUAUAAUGAGGACGGGUGCAAAGAGAUGAUUUUUUGCCCCUUUACAAAUAUCCAGGCUUCGGACCCACUAAACGAAAAUACGUUGUUUCUCUCUUUUAACUUAUGGUUUUGAAGAACUUUAAAUGCCCUUUUGUAUUGUCUGCAAAUUUCUUAGAGCUAAGAUGCAACCUUGAAAUGCUAAGAACCCUAGCAUAAUGCCUUAGAUUUCGUCCGUUUUUGUUCUUGUACAUUACACCGCUGUCUGUAUAAAUUUGUAUAAUGACUGUGUACAAUAUUGAAUGGGUGCAUCAUUCUCUAGGUUGAAAUGUCCCUCAUCAUCGCUCUCUGUUCGGCUUUGGGUUGAAGACUCUGUUGAUUUCAUUUCCGCCCCCUCCUCCCUCGCUCCUUCCCUCCCUCCGCACUGUUUGUAUGGAGAAGAUAAUACAUAGGGAUAUUGAAGCAAUAUGUAAUAUACUAUAUGGACUUUACUGAAGAAAGCUUACUGUUGUGUUUUCCCCCCUGGGAUAUUUUUCUUUUUCUGCAUCGUUCACAGGAAUCACACUGUACACCCGCAUCCACCUUCGUACCCCUAGUGUGUGAGCGUUUUAUGCAAAAUUAGAUAUACAAGAGAAGUUAAAACCACAGUUAUGCAAGUUGUGAACUAAUAUGGCUUCGCUGAUGCUAUUUGCCUUGUAAAUAAAGAAUUCUGUUAUUGCAAUAUUUAA